CUGCGACCUGUGAUCUGUGAUCUGCAGCCGGUCUCAAUCGCGGCUGAUCCCGGACAGCACGACCGAUCUCGCCCAUCAAGAACGAGCUUGCCAUGUCGAGAGCACCGCAAGGAGCACAAGCAAAGUUCACACCGAACCCGGACCUGCAGCGACAGCGCUCGCUUAGGCACAAGCGUCCGCCUCAACGACUGCCCACGCUGGAAACAGAUCUCUACAUAUCCCGGAAGAGUCCCCUGCCCGCUCUGGUGCAGCGGGCCAUCAAGAAGAUUGAAUCACCGACAUUUACGUUUCUGGUGCUUCAUGGCCUGGGUGCGGCGUUACAGCACGCCGUCAACCUGGCUCUGCUGCUCAAGAAGCGGCUGGGAGACGACAUUCGGUGGGAGAUCAGCACCUCGUCCGUUGAUCUCGUGGACGACGUGGAUCCCGGAAGCGACAACGACGAAGCCGAUCUGGAGGUACAGCACCGAUUCAACUCGGCGAUCCACAUUCGAAUAGAAAGAAGCCCUGAGCUCAAGGCUCAUGAGAGGGAGCGACUGGACCGAAAGCGCCAGAUCCAGGACCGGCUGGAGGAAGAUCUGGAAGAAAACUAUAGCAAGAAGGCAUUUGGUGGGCCGAAGGGCCGCGGCGAGAAGCUGCCCAAGCUGGACGAUGGCCCAUCCAGCACAAAUCGGGCCACAGCCGGCAGCGAUGGUCAUCAGCCUGGCCCAUCCAACAAGCCAUCCUCGAAUCGACGCAACGACCGCGAUAACAGUGAUAAUCGCGGCAAGCCUCGAGGCGGCGGCGGCGGCGGCCGUGGAGGAGGAGGUCGCGGAGGAGGACGUGGAGGAGGUCGUGGAGGCCGCGGCGGCGGAAACGCAGGAGGAAAAUAGAGCGACACUUAUCGAGAUGAAAUGUGCCGACCGAGUUCCGAUCAUCUGAUAAUAUUGCGAGCUUGGAGAUAGCCGCCAUGCGGUCGAGUUGGCGAAAGAAGGCAGCUCAGAGUUCGCGGUUGCAACG